GUGCGGUAUUUAACAACAAACCGAUGAUACGCGCGCCCACUUUCUGACCGGCAGGCCGGCCGAACGCAUACGAAACAUAAAUUCAAAAAUAAAAAAGAUUUCCUUGCUGCGGUUGCGUGGAGGCUUUCGUCGCAACGGAUAUGUGGUCAGCGGGCGGUGGAAAGAUGCGGUGUUGACACAGUGAUGUGACCAUAGACAAUAGUGCAAGUUGGUGGUGUGUGAUUAAAACUCUUUGGACUUCGUGAAUGAAAAACGACUGUGCAAAAUGCUGGUUUUUAAGGUCGUGCCAGUUUUCCUUUUCAUCCUCGUCGUUGGAGCCGAGAAGAAAAUCGAACUUCAAGACAUAGAAGAAGACAACUUGAAGAGCGAGAAAGAAAAAGAACUAGAGAAGGCUGAACCGAGAGCGCAUGAUGCCGGCCAGGGUUUACUUCCUCUGGAGUUCCUCAAGAAUGGUUUCCUUCGAUACUUCGAGAGUCCUACCCAUACGCAAGCCGCUCCUCAACAGCAGCGUUAUGUGUCACAAUACGCCGUCACUGAACCACCAGAAAGUCCUGCGCCAAGUCCAACAACAAAAGUACAAUACGGUCCGCCUGCUGCCCAGCAAGCAAUGGUCGGUUAUUUAUCGAACGUGCCGAUGCAGAUUUAUCUAGUGCCACAGUAUUACAAUGACCAGCAUGAGCCAACAGCAAACGCCCAACAGGGAGUGCAGUACGUCAGCACGGGACGAGCCGCUGGAUAUUCAACGGCUCCUGAAGCAGUACAAACACAGAACAAUUACGUAGAAGUUCCGAGUUAUAUAGCUCCGACUGGGAAAACCUUUGUUCAGCAGUAUUCCUCGCCAGUUGCGUACGUGGGUUACACGCAACCCACUGUGGCUCCAGCAACUGCCGCACCAGUACUCACCUACCAAGUUCCAGUCAUGCAAUAUCCCACUGCCAUAGCAGCACCUCCUAUUUUAACUAAGGGGUACUAUCAAACUGCUCAAUUUGAAGGAAACGCGAUUGAUGAACAGGAUAAUGGAGAAGUGAAAUAUACAGCGACCGAUGUGCCUUAUACGAAGUCUACACCUGAGUUCCCAAGAUAUUACUCAUCACAAGCUCCAAUAAGGGAGCAGUACAGACACGGCACUGUAUCUGAGCUGCCUCCACCGAAUCCUCUAAUUUUAAAGCCACAGCCAUCUCAUUUGGCGCAUUUACCUAAAGCGCUUCCAAUGUACCGGCCGCUUACGAAAUCUGUUUAUUCUGGAAAUCACUUAGCAUCUGCCUAUACUUCAAGACCAUACGAGGCUUACGGACCACCUUACAAGAGGCGUCCAACAUCACUUUUAGACUCGUAUAUCCCAUCGAGUGUUCAGUUAGAAUACCUGAAAAGAGGUUUCACCAAAGAUCCAUUGCUUGCGUACGAGGAGUUGUCUAAUGGUAGACAUUUGUCUCAUUCCCCGUCAUCUCACUCCCCAGUAAUCCAUUCCCAUUCUUCCCAUUCCCCAGUCAUUCCCAGACACUAUGAAAGGGGGUUCCUUCCCAACCAAAUGUAUCACACAGCCGCGGGUGGAGUAACCUUCGGACACUACAAAAGAACACCGAAAAUCGAAAAUAAGGCAUCGACAAAUUAAUUCAUUCGAGUCAAUAUUUAAUCUAGGAUUAGUAUACAGGCAUGGGUAUAAGCCCGGACAUAAAUUUUUUUGGCCGGGCUUAAAUCUAUUUCUGAUCGUUAAAUUUAAUAAUGAUCUAAAAGAUCACUGGACUAAUGUUAAGAUUUAUGUAAUAUAAGUAACUGUAAGUUUAAGAGACUACACUAAAUUUCGAUGAGGCUUACAUAACUUAAAAAGUGCUAAUCCACGGUCAGUAUUUAAUAAAUGUGUAAUUAUUGUUAUUUAAAUACAAGUUGUUAAUA